AUGUCAUUCAAAGGCUGCAAUCCUGAAGUAGAGAAGUUAAUGGUCUAUUAUGAACGUAAAAUGAUGGGACAUGACUCAGAUUCGGAUUCUGAUGAUGGCAAAGAUGUAGGGGACGUAGAGAUGGCAACAACGCUACGCGGUGCUGCAGCUACGAUGUCACGCAAGUUUAGCAAAGGCGAGAAAGCUGUGGUGAGUUCCUCGAUGUCAAAUGUCUGGUCAAAGAGGACGAUAGACCAGUUUUUUGCUUAAAG